AUGCCUGUGCUCAAACCAGCGUCAGAAUUCGGCCGUUGCGUGCCUCCAGAUUCUCAAUAUGGCAUCACAACCUACGCACCGGGUUGGGAUUCCGCCAUUGCCUUCCGUGAAGGCGAUCCAAACAUCAUGAAGCGAGUCGUUCACAUAUAUCCAAGAUUUGGGCCUUUCGGCCCCGUCGGCGAGACACCAGAGGGUCAUGGAGCCCUUUACUUCACUUCGCCCCAGUCUCUAGAUGCUGUCCGCGCUCACUCUACCCAUCCUAAUCGCAAGGAGAAGGUCUUGGCGGAAAGUGACCUCGGACAUCGCUGCGUCGACAUUGGAGGUGUGCGCAUCUACCUUGUGACGUUCCCCGCCGCGAAGACGCCUGGUGUCAUUGGAGCCUGGCAGAAUCCCGGUAUCGGUGUUUCCAUCCGUCUCGCAGAGUACUUGCACAAGAACAUUGACUCGUUGACCGAAGUCGACUUACCCGACCGUUCGACGGUGCCUCCCACAGAGUACCUUUCGGAGGGAGAGGCCCACGGCAAGCUCAAGGAGCGCAUUACGGGGCUUCUGCACAGAGCUGCCAUCGAGCCAGAGAAGAUCAAAGUCCAGAGCAAGGAUGUGUUCUUGUACCAGACGGGCAUGGCUGCGAUUUUCAGUACCCACCAUGCGCUACUUCAGUAUCGUCCUGGCAGUGUAGCGAUUCUGGGCAUCGUGUUUCACAGUACUGUUCACUACAUUCAAGAAAACUCGCCCCAUGGCUAUAAGCAUUUCGGUCCCGUUGAUCCCAAGGGCAUAGACAUCUUUGAGGCGUGGUUGGAUGAACAGGCCGCCGUUGGAAAGGAUGUGAGCUACGUUCUCACCGAGUUCCCUAGCAACCCUUUGCUGGCGAGCAUUGAUCUUGCUCGUCUGAAGAAGCUGUCUGAGGAGCAUAACUUCGUUCUCGUCCUCGACGAUACAGUCGGGUCCUUCGCCAACAUUGACGUUAUCGCACAGUCAGACAUCCUCGUCUCAUCACUGACGAAGACAUUCUCCGGGUACGCCAACGUCAUGGGAGGUAGCGUCGUCUUGAACCCUCUCUCGCCACACUACGACGACCUCUCCUCUCACUGGGCCAAAAAUUUCCACAACGAACUCUUUACCGCUGAUGCUGAAGUCCUCCUGUCUAAUUCAGACGACUACAUCGCCCGAACUGCGAUCCUCAACCGCAACGCCGCGGCCAUGGCCGCCCACCUCCAGCGCCUGGCUGAAGACACUUCCUCGCCAGUAUCCAAACUUCUGUACCCAACGUGUCUCCCAGACUAUGAUAUUUACAAAUCUUACCUUAGGCGGCCAACCCCUGAACUCGAGGAGCCAGGCGCGGGCUGCUUGCUCAGCAUCGACUUUGAGUCCGUCGAUACGGCAAAAGCAUUUUACGACCGCCUCGCCUUCUAUCCGGGUCCCCAUUUGGGCGCUCACCGCACGCUCAGCUUCUGCUACAACACUCUUGCAUUCGGCAAGGACGCCGACGAGGCGGCGUACCAUCGUUCGUACGGUAUUUUGGAGGAGACGAUACGGAUAUCGGCAGGGCUGGAGGACGUGCAAGAUCUCCUGGACACACUCGACGACGCGCUCGUGGCCGCUAAUGAAGUCAAGCAGCAGCGGUUGCAGGCGCCUACGACGGUCGAGGCGGUGGCUGGUACUGGUGUUGCUUCAUAG